AUUAGGGUAGGGUAGGGUAGGAUAGGAUUUUUUUUGAUUGCUUUCUCGAAGCGAGAGAGAAAAUUCUUCUCUUGCUGGUACUAUGAGCCAUUGGUACACGCCAAACAGUCUUUUCUUGCUCGGAAUCCAUUAGGGAGUCCUACUAAGGAUAAGCAAUACGCCGUCGCAAUCUAGAACCUGCUGAAAUCUGGAGAGAAACUCGCAUUUGUCCUGCACGCCAAGAGAUCCUGCAGACUGGCGGAUCACCUGACAUCUUCCUUCCCAUUGGCCUGGUUCCCCCCGCUGCACGGGAGGUGCUUAUCAGAUGUCCGGAUUUCCUUUACCUACUCGUAUCGUCAAAUCCUCUGCACUCAGCCAAUACAACCUCAUCUUCACCCUGUUUCCCCUUCACAAAUGUCUAUCUCUCUUUCCCCUCCCCGGAGAUCCUUACUCCGAAAUUAGGACAUAUCCAUGCUUACACAGACACGUUGCCUCGCUUCACUCCUUCCCCCAUGUUCCCCGGUGAGCCCCGACGUGGGGGAAUGGGCGGCAAUCACGGUGAUUCCCAUACUUUUAGAGGAUUGUCCCGGUCGGACACGGUUCACUGGGCGGUCUGAUCAUGCGACCACCAUGGGGAGUUCACCGGUGAGCACUUGGUUGCCAACCAGUCACGGUGUCACAUCACUGUCCCAUUAGAUUUAAUCCUUCUGCUGAUGAAUGCUUGGAGUCGUCUCAGUUGCAUGUGAUAACUUGU